UCCAUCCGACUCUCGAUUACUCCGCCCCCGCCCCUCCCGUGAGCGAGGCCAGUACUAGGAGUAAACAUGCAACUGCCAGAUCACCACAUCGCUGACAAGGGACAGGUCAUGCUGACAUUAGAGGAGAAGGAUAUGAAGGGAUUCACCUGGGCCGUAGCCCCGGCCUUGACCUGCCUGGGCUACCUGCUCAUCCUGCUGGUGUCCGUCUUUCCCUUCUGGGUGCGGCUCAUGAACGAGGAGUCCCAUGAAGUGUUUUUCAGUGGCCUGUUUGAAAACUGCUUCCAUAUCAAGUGCUGGAAGCCUCGACCCUUAUCCAUUUACAUCCUCCUCGGCCGGGUUUUCCUGCUCUCUGCAGUCGUACUGGCUUUCCUCACCACCGUCAUCAUGGUGUCCUUUGCAUCUGAGCUCUUCCCAAGGACCCGGAAGUGCACUUUUGUGUCAGCCUUCAUCAGCUUCCUCACAGGGGCCUGUGCCUUCCUGGCCUUGGUGCUGCAUGCCCUGGAGAUCCAGGAUCUGAGGAUGAAGCCCAGCCCCCCACAGUUCUUCGUGCAGUGGCCUUACUAUAUCCUGGGCUUCGGCAUCCUUCUGUUCGUGGUGGCUGGUGUCAUCUACCUCUCUCAAGAAAUAGCCUGCCCCAGCUGCCAUCUGUUGCCCAUUUCUCAGAAUAUUGAGGAGUCCCGGGGGAGCCUGCAGCUGGACAAGCUGGAGAGUUUGGGAGGAGAACUGAGCUCAGUACAAAAGGAGACACUGCUGAAGGAAGAAACAGUUAUCUAGCCCAGGAUGUUUUCCCUCUACCCUCUUGGAGCUGGGUGAGUGCACGUGUAGGUGUAUGUACCUCCCACCUCUCCACCAGUGUCUGCUGCCUUUCAGGAGCUUCUUGAGUGUUGAAUCAACCCUCCACAUUCUCAUACUCAGAGUGAUUCUGUCUUCCUUGUAUCUGAAAUUUCUUAAAAGUUCUUUGAACUCC